AUGCUUGACCACCGAUUGUCCAGCCUCGGCCGGUUGGCCGCCGGGCUCGUCGUCUCGCUCCUCUUGACCACGGCCGAUGCCGUCAACUUUACCAUCGCAGACGGCCAGAUCUUCACGCCAGGCUUCGCCAUUGUCGACGCGCCCCAGCCUGGUACACCCCUCGGCGGUAAUUUUCUGCAGGUCGCGCUCGAUGUCACGGCAAACGGCCGCCUCCCGCUACCUGCCGAUCUUGCCUCGUCCAGCCCCAGCAGUAUCCACAACAUCACCAUCUUCUUGUACAGCUACGACACCAAGCACAACUUCACCAUCAGCAACGGCACCAAGACGGGCGGCGGUGCCUCCCUCGGCCCUAUUAUGCUCCAAGAACCCACCAGCACCGUCAAGCACGUCAACUGGGUCUGGCCCGACUGCCUCGUCGGCAACGGCCAGCCCAUUGCCCUCGACAGCGCCCGCGGCGUCUACAACAUCUCCAUCCGCCAAAACUUCCGCCUCAAUGGCGUCGAGCACUACACCAUCUUUGACCUGCCCAUUUCCGUCACCAACGAAAUCGGUGCCAACUUCUCGUCGCCGUCGUCCGCUGUGUCGGAGCUCAACGGCGUCCGCCCGUCGUGCGCAUCGCUCGACAACCCGCUCCUGUCCCCGGACGAGAUUGACGCCGCCGGUGCCGAUACGGUCGGCGUGCUCUUUGCCCCCGGCGACGCCACCCAGGUCCAGGUCCAGAGCGGCGGUGCCGACGCGACCGGCGACGGUCUGGGCCCGUCCAAGCCCACGGCAAGCCCGUCCGACGGACUGGGCAGCGACGGUGUACGGGGCCGCAUACCGCCAUCGACAGCCGCUCUGUGCCUCUGCAUCGGCAUGGCUUUGCUGAGUUGGUAG